UCCUUGCCACCGAAGAAUUUCUCUCUCUCUCUCUCUCUCUCUCUCUCUCUCUAUUUAUACCUGAAACCCUCUCUGCUUUCUCUUCUUCCGAGUUAUGGGUUUGAGCCCACUGUACUCCCAUGCUUAUUACCACGUUAUCAUAGUCCUCACCACAACUUUCUUUCGCCACAAGCUCUGAAUCCAAUCUCCAUUUUUGCUCUCUGCUUAUUAUACCCUUAUAUACCUCCCUCUGCUAAACCCAUUUUCUCCUCCUUCUCAGCUCUGCAACUUUUGAGAAGCUAUGGAGGGCACUGGGAAAAUGAUGAGUUCUUGUGUUGAUAACAGAGUUCUUCUUCAAACCGAUAGAUUUCCUUCCCCUUCUGAGGUUCUUGAUUCCUUCUGGCUCCCCACUUCUAACCCUUCUUUUCAAGGUUCUGCAUCCAUGGUGAAUUUCAACGGCGGUGGGGAGAUGGAACGCGGCGGCAAUGAGGACUACGGCGGCGGUGGCGGUGGCUAUUAUCCGGCGGAGAAGAAACGGCGGCUGAGCCCUGAGCAAGUCCAUUUUCUGGAGCAAAGUUUUGAGGUGGAAAACAAGCUUGAACCGGAGAGGAAAGUGCAAUUGGCUAAGGAUUUGGGGCUGCAGCCCAGACAAGUUGCGGUUUGGUUUCAGAACCGGCGUGCUAGAUACAAGACAAAACAUAUUGAGAAAGAAUAUGAUUCCUUGAAGUCUUGCUAUGAUCAACUCAAGGCUGAUUGUGAUUCCCUCUCCAAGGAAAAUGAGCAAUUGAGAAACGAGGUUCAACUGCUGACAGAAAAGUUAAUGAGGAAAGAAAAGGGUUCUACCAUUCCUCAACCAGCAAAACCACAAUCCUCAUUGGAUCCAACCCCCAACAGAAACCUGGGAAAACCUCAACAACAACACCUAAACUCCCAGGAUAAUGUGUGCAAGCAAGAGGAUGCAAGCUCAGCUAAGAGUGAUGUGUUUGACUCCGACAGCCCGCGUUACACGGAUGGGAUCCAUUCCUCCCUGUUCUUUCAAGAGCCUGCAAAUUCCUCAACUGUUCUCGACUCCGAUUUCUCCCAGGACGACGAUGACAGCCUCAAUCGCGGGCUGAUCCACUCGCCCUGCAUUUUCCCGAAGCUCGAAGAAGAGGAUAAAGAUCAUUGCCUGCAAAUGCUGCCACCAUAUUCUUGCGGUUUGGGGUUUUCUGUUGAGGAUCAGACUGCACCUUCUUGGUUCUGGUCUUAUUGAUGAUCUUAGUGGACAGCAUUAUUAGCAUAUUGUUAGCUGUUACAUUUUAGUACUAUAUAUGAAUACUACUUAGUGGUGCUUUCUGGUGCAAUAAUAUGUUGUAAAGUAAAGAAUAAUUAAUAAUGUUGAAUUUGAGACUAGGUAAUGAAGUGAUGAGCUUUUUGGUGGUUCCAA